AUGGACUGUACGAAUGCAGCAGAUCGAGUUUGGACGCAACAAGUUCUUCCAGCAUUGUGCGUCUUCUAUCAAGAAUACGGACAUUGCAAUAUUAAAACAAACUUUUUAGUUCCUAAGUGUGCACCAUGGACUAAAGAGAUGUGGGGAUUAAAUCUCGGAACAAUUGUCAAGCAGAUUCGAGCUGGAAGAAGCUACGUGGACCAAUCGAGACGAGAUUGGGAGUUGUUAAAUAGUUUACAAUUUCUAUGGGAUUCACGGGAUGUUGAAUGGCAAGAUUGUGUUCUUCCAGCUCUUGUGACAUUUGUGGAUGAGUUUGGAGACGAGCAAGGCAUAAAUCUGGAGUUUGUCGUUCCAUUAGCCAAUCCAUGGCCAAAAGAGACGUGGGGAUUCGAACUUGGUCUUUUUUGGAACAAAUCGCAAUGGCGAGAACGCUAUUUCGUCCAGUUAAUGCGAGAUACAACGCUUUUAGAAUCGUUGGGCUACGAAAUGCGACUUUCUGAUGUUACGUGGGAGUCGCAGGUGAUUCCACUAUUACGAUUGUACUCAACAAUGUAUCCGGAGGAGCGUACAGUCCAGAAAAACUUUAUAAUUCCACAUCAACAACCAUGGCCAAGAAAAAUGUGGGGAUUACCAUUAGGUCAAAUGGGUGCACAAAAUUCUGAUCGAUUGGCUCUUGAAUUUAGCGGAUGGAAAUCGCGUCAUCAUAGCUUAAACACAACAUCAAAUGUGGUUGAAAAUGCUAAUCAACAAUGGAAAAUCUACAUAUAUUUGGCUUUCGAGACGUUUGUCAAAGUAUUCGGACACUGCAAAGUUGAAAGUCACUUUCAAGUACCACUUGAAACUCCGUGGCCUAAAGAAACGUGGGGUCUACAACUUGGAGCACGAAUUGCUGACUAUAUAGCGAACGGCACAGAAUUUGAAUACAUUGGACGUAUGGCUGAUCGUAUAGAUACACUUGGGUAUACUCUCAAGCUUUCUCAAACAUCGUGGGAUCUGUACGGAGCUCCUUUAUUAUCUAUUUUUUCACACCUUCAACCACGAACUGUUAUUCCUGAGAACUUUGUUAUUCCAUCUCAAGCUCCUUGGUCAGAGGCAACGUGGGGCAUUCAACUUGGAAUUAUUGUCCGAUGGAAUAGGCAACACAUGACGCAUAUUGAAGACGAGUGGCGCAACCAUGUGUUGACAGCAGCGAAAUUGUACAAACAAGAGUAUGACAAUCAUUCGAUUGAGGAAACAUUCGUCGUUCCAUCUCAAUCUCCGUGGCCUACCAAAACGUGGAACAUGCAUCUUGCUCUUAUCUUGCGUCGAUUAAACAAUCGCGAGUGUUACGAUGGCCACGUUGCUUUAGCUCGAACUUCCUUUGCUAAAUUAGAGCAAUUUCUUCAAUACCGUCGUCGCGAAGCUUGGCAAUCGAUUCUAAUAACGUUGCAGAUCUUUUUCAUGCGCAAUAAUCAUUGCGACGUGAUGCCUCAUUUUGUCGUGUCAAAUUCCUCACCAUGGCCAAAAUUGAUGUGGAAUGUACCGCUUGGACAAAUUGUCGAAAUGAUGAAGACCAUGGGUACGUUUUUUAAAGAAGUAGGACAAAAUGCUGAUCAAUUAAUCCAUUUGAAGUUCUCGCUUCCACUUUCGAUCUCAGCGUAUGAAAAACUUCUCGCACCACUCAUUGCAUCGUACGCGAAUCUUCAUCCUCGUGAUACAAUUCCAUUAGGUUUUACGAUCCCAUCAAAUGAAUCGUGGCCGACAUAUGGAUGGGGUAUUAACCUUAGCGUAAUUGUACAGUGGAAUCUAAGCCAUCUAGAGGCAAUUGAGCGAGACUGGAGAGCACAAGUAUUGCUCGCUAAUGACGUGUAUCAAUAUGAAAAUGGCAACAAAAUUCUUCGUGAUUCCUUUGUCGUACCAAGCCGUUCUCCAUGGCCUUAUAAGACGUGGGGACGAGAACUCCGACGAAUGUUAACGUGUGUACAAGUCGGUCAGCCGUAUAAUGGCCAUGUCGCAAUUGCUACCUACCAUUCAAAUGCAGCGGUGGUUAUCUCUGGUGAAGAUAAAUUGGAGUGGAAAACAUCUAUUUUUCCAGCUCUUCACACGUUUGCAAUGGUGUUUGGACACUGUUCAGUUCCUGAGACUUAUGUCGUGCCAUCUCGAUUACCAUGGCCAGAACAAAGCUAUGGAUUAGAACUUGGAAAUAUUGUGGCAAAGAUGGAACAGUGUGGAAUGUAUUUUGCCGAGAUUGGAUUAAAUGCAGAUAGAUUAGAGACGUUUGGCUUUCGUUACAAACUUACAGACAUCCCUUGGCAAGAUCUCGUAGAUCCUUUGCUUGAGAUCUACGCGAAUCAAUAUUCGCACAAGAUUCUACCUGAGGAAUUCGUCGUUCCUCCUAAGGCACCUUGGCCAGUAAGGUUAUAUGGCUUGAGACUUGGAAAGAUCUUGGCGUGGUCAUCACGAUUUACGUUCCAGAACGCACAAUGGAAAGAAUUUUUAAUGCCUGAGAAUACGACGAAAGCAGGAGAGUUUGGCUAUUGUAAGGUCUCUACAACUUUCGAGAUUCCAAGUGAAUUUCCCUGGCCAAAACCGAUGUGGACCUUACAAAUAAAAGAUGUCGUCAGUCAGUUAUACAACAAUGGUGAUCUAUUUCUCUCCGGAGGGCUUUCAUCUGUAUUAGCAAGCAAGAAAGAAAUUGGAUUUGUUUUGAAAUUAGCAACUGACCAUAUUUCGUUUGGAGAACCAAUUUGUCAACUAUAUACGGCAGUAGUGGAACAGAUGAAGUGUAGUACAGCAUUUGUCGAUCCUCAAAGCUGCUUGGGAAAACAUUUACUUUCUGAUGGCAUCGAUUGUGGUUCAGAUAAAAAGGCCAAAAGGUUUUCUUCAGAAGAUAGACCGACUUUACUUGAAAACGAUCGGAAUUUGAAUGGUGCAAACUCGACACUUGUUAGUCCAAACAAGACGUUAUGA